AUGUCUGCUGACAUGGAUUUCUGCCCGAAGCUCCGGACACUGGGAGCAGAGGAGCAGCAUGAGUCGUGUGAGAGACUGGUGUCCUUUGAGGAUGUGACUGUGGACUUCAGCCAGGAGGAGUGGCAGCACCUGGACCCCGCCCAGAGACGCCUGUACCAGGAGGUCAUGCUGGAGAUCUACGGCCACCUGUUGGCAGUGGGGUGCCCCAGGCCAAAGGUCAUCCUCAAGAUGGAGAAAGUAAAGGAUGCACAGAUGGGAGAGGUUGGUGUCCCACAUCAGGGGUGUCAGUGCCUGACAGAUUUCUUUGUGUCCGACUCUGACUCCUCCUCCACCAUGCUCACUGUGUCUGUUUCUUCUUCUCUUGUCUCAGCAGGCGAAUCAGAGCAGGACUCAGCACACCAGAUUUGUGCGAAAGCUGCUUUUCCAAAUGAUGCAUCAAGAGCAACCACUGGGCGUGGUUCAUAUUGUUCCAUUGUAGAGGAGCAGUGGCGGGACGGUGACCCUAGAAAGACAGAUCAGCAGCAGCAGAUCCCACCCUUGAGUCCUGGUGCUUUCUUCAACCAGCAAGUGCUGCUCACAGACAGUAGUUAUGAAUGGGCAGCAACUGGGGAAGCCAUUCCCUCAGGCCCCCACCUCAUUUCUACACAGAAGAGAUCUCCGAGAUGGUGCCCAUUUGAAAAGGCUUUGCAGCCUAACCUUCAAGCAAACAGUGAGUGUCAAAGCAGUGCCACAAAGCAGCCUGAUGGCAUUGUUGAAUCUGGUCAGUGCUUCACACAAGGCCUUUCUAAUGCUGUCUGUACAGCUCAUAACCAAGGGGAGAAAGCGUGUGAAGGUAACCAGUUUAUUCCCAGCCGCAAGCAUCUCCUUACACAGCGGGACAUUCUUUCUCAGGCCACACCAGUUGAAUAUAGCACAUAUGGGACGGCCCUCACUGCUAACUCAGCUUUGUAUCAGCAGCAAAUACCAGACGCUAUAGAGACACCUUUUAUUUGUCACAUGUGUGGGAAAUCCUUCCUUCCGAAGCCUGAGUUGAUUUUUCGUCCAGGAACAAACAGAGGAGAGACACCUUACGAAUGUCCUGACUGUCGGAAAUUGCUUCCUAAUGCGUCCAACCUGCAGGCGCGUCAGGAAACUCACACGGAGGGGAAGCCUUACGGAUGCCGAGACUGUGGGAAGUCGUUCAGUUACGCAUCCCACCUAAAGGUGCAUCUUCGGAUACACACAGGUGAGAGACCUUACGUGUGUUCUGACUGUGGGAAGGCCUUUAGCCAGAAGUCUGUUCUCACCACACACCAGAGGAUUCACACUGGGGAGAAGCCUUACACGUGCAGCCAGUGUGGCAAACUGUUUGUGUAUGCGUCAGAUCUGAAGAAGCAUAGUCGGUUCCACACUGGGGAGAAGCCUUACGAGUGCAGUGACUGUGGGAAGCUGUUCAGUAACAAAUCUCACCUGCCUGUGCACCAUCGGAUUCACACCGGUGAGAAGCCUUACAAAUGCUUUGACUGUGGCAAGUCUUUCAGAAGAAAAUCCCACCUCACAGUGCAUAACCGGAUACACACUGGCGAGAAACCGUACGUGUGCUCUGAUUGUGGGAAGGCCUUCAGCCACAGUUCAGUUCUCAGCACACAUCAGAGAAUUCACACCGGGGAGAGGCCUUACGCAUGCGGCUACUGUGGCAAAGCCAUGUCCUCUAAAGCCCAGCUGACUGAGCACCAAAGAAUCCACACAGGGGAGAAGCCGUAUGUGUGCGUUGAGUGUGGGAAAGCUUUUAGUGGCAGAUCUUCUUUGCAAGUGCACCGUAGAACUCACAGUAGUGAAAAACCUUUUAUCUGUCACAAAUGUGGGAAAGGUUUCCUGCGCAAGUCACAGCUGUCCUCUCACCAACACACUCACACCCAUGAGAAUCCUUAG